CGCACCGUUAUCUACAAUGUCGCCAAACACCAGACGCUUCUUCCAGGAGGACAUCAAAGUUGUACGCGAAUAUAAUGCAAAGCACGGAAGUAAUAGUGGGGAUAAUAUGGGGGAACGGGUGCUCAAAGAAUGGGCGGAUAUGAACGGAAUCGAUGCCAACGAGUUGUUGUCCAACAGUCCCGAAGCCAGAGCCACUCAAUUCCAGACACUUAAUGAUAUCGUUAGGGAUGUCGAGGCCGAUGACGUCUACCGGUCUAUACAUAGGACACGACUUUCCACGCAUAAUGCGGAUCUGAUGCGCCGAAUGAGUCAAAACCUGUUUCAGCCGCCGAUGACUAACAACAACCUCAACAUCGAGGGCAGGGAUGGCAUGCGUAGGAGUAGCUGUGUGUCCAUCAAUAUGACAAACUACAGAAUAUCGGGAGUGGAAAUGGGAGCCAUAGCUAAUCGGAGGAACGGUAGACGACCCUCUCGUUUGUCGCAAAUAACGCCCACAAUAAUCGGAUCGGACGGCGAUUACGACAGGUUCUCAAUGCGCGAGCAGUUGUCCCGACCGGAGACCCCGACCGUCAAAAUGCCGCUCUCGGCCGGCAUACAGCCCCCGAACUCCAAUGUCUUCACGUUUGGCGACACUUUAUAUCUGAAUGAUAUGAACCGACAGACGAGACUCAGAAAUAGUCUACUUCUCCGGCGAUCCCUCAAUCAGUCAGACCACUCGCCGUACAGUCUGUGGCCGUCGGCCCGCUCUGCACCCCCUGUGCCAUCAGAAAACGUGCCCCGAUUUGUGGUGACACCCGUCGCACCCGACCGCCGGAAAUCAGAGGACCAAUAAAAAUUAAUUUCAUUUAUAUUAUACAUACAAUCCAUUAAUCCCUCUCAUAAUGCAUUUAUUACUAAUAUAAUACUUAUAUACCGGU